UCUCCGUCACCUCCUCUUCUUCUUCCUCCUCCUCCUCCGUAUUAAAGUUUGAGCUCGGCUGAAGCUCGCCCCAUUUGAUCUGCACAAAAAUCGACUCAAAACCAAGUUCCAUCAUGGUGCACAGGGUGGCGGUCAUCGGGGCGGGGCCCUCAGGUCUGACAAGCAUGAAGGCGUGUCUGGAUGAGGGCAUGGUGCCCACCUGCUUCGAGAGCAGUGACGACUUGGGCGGACUGUGGAAGUUCAAGGAAGUGUCGGAGCCGAACAGGGCCAGUAUCUACCGCUCCCUGACCAUCAACAUCUCAAAGGAGAUGAUGUGCUACAGCGACUUCCCCAUCCCGGCCGACUUCCCAAACUACAUGCAUCACUCCAAGAUCCUGAAGUACUUCAGGAUGUACGCAGAGCACUUCAAACUGCUGCAGCACAUUCACUUCCAGACCUUGGUGAGAAGCGUCCGACAGAGACCAGACUUCAGCCGGACCGGUCAGUGGGAGGUGGUGACUGAGGACAAAGAUGGACAGACGCAGAGUCAAGUCUUCGAUGCAGUUAUCUGCUGCUCCGGUCACUACACCUACCCCAACAUCCCCCUCAAAGACUUCCCAGGAAUCGAGUCAUUCGAAGGGAAGUAUUUCCACAGCUGGGACUACAAAGGACCUGAGGACCUGUACGGGAAGAGGGUGGUGGUCAUCGGGAUCGGGAACUCCGGCAGUGACAUCGCAGUGGAGAGCAGCAGGGUGGCCGAGCAGGUGUAUGUGAGCACUCGUAGAGGAGCCUGGAUCAUCCGUCAGGUCUCUGAUAAUGGUGUUCCUGUGGACAUGCAGUACAACACACGAUUUGUCCACAUACUGUUCCAACUGUUGCCCAUGAACUUCUUCAACUGGUUUGGUGAGAAGAAACUGAACACCAUGUACGACCACAGCAUGUACGCCCUGAAACCCACACACAGGCUCUUCAGUCAGAUCCCGGUGAUUAACGAUGACCUGCCGUUUAGGAUCCUGGCCGGCGCCGUCGUCGUCAAACCAAACGUGAAGGAGAUCCGCGGCUCCACCGUGGUCUUUGACGACGGCAGCAUCGUGGAGAAGGUGGAUACGAUUGUGUUCGCCACAGGUUACAACUAUGGUUUUCCGUAUCUGCCCGAUAAUGCUCUGUACAAGACCGGUCACCGAGUGGGUCUGUACAAACACGUGUUUGCUCCGAACCUGGAGCAUUCCACGCUGGCUGUGGUGGGUUUCAUCCAUGGCCUCGGAGCCAUCAUGGUCCAGGCUGAGAUGCAGGCGCGCUGGGUCACUCGUGUCUUCAAAGGAGUUUCACAGCUGCCCUCAAACAAGAUGAUGAUAAAGACUCUGGAGGCAGACACCAAGGUCAUGGAGAAGAGCUUCGUCCUGUCCAGACAGACCCCCCUACAGGUAGACGUUGUCACCUACUUGGACGAGCUGGCGGGGGAGAUCGGGGUGCGUCCCAGUCUGCUCUGGUUGUUCUUCACAGACUACCAGCUGUUCAAGAGGGUCCUUUGGGGGCCAGUCUCAGCUUACCAGUACCGCCUGAUGGGACCGGGGAAAUGGGACGGGGCCCGCAGAGCCAUCUUCACCCAGUUUGACCGCAUGUUCCAACCUCUGAAGACCAGAGAGCUGAAGGAGCCGGAGACUUCCCUCGCCGGCCGCCUGAUGAAGCUCAGUCUGACCGUCCUGGCGGGAGGAGCAGUGGUUUACUACAUCAACAUGCGCAGCCCGACCACCAUCCCCACCCUGCUGACCAAGCUCCGCCCACUCACCUUCUGAACCCCUGAAACCAAACCCUUCAGUCUCCUCUGAUGAAUACCCGAUGAUUAAAGAGGACACUUAAUCCUGUUAAUCAAAGUUCAGCAUGUUAACUCUUUAAAUCUGUUCAUACUUCACUGUCUGUUAGAGAGAAGAACAACACUUAUUAACACAUAUUAAUCUGUGCAGGAUCGUGAUUGGAUGAAAAAUCAACACUGACUUUAAUCACUAAUCCAAUCCAAACCACACGGGGUGCAUUCUCAGACAUCAGGACAGUUUCUCCACUCAGGCAUGGAGACAGGAACAGGUGUGUGUCAGAGCGUGCAGCUGAAAGAGAAACCGUAAAGUCUGUAAGAAGCUCAGCCGGUGUUCGAGACGCUGUCCGGGUUUGGAGGUCUCUCCUCAGCGUGCAGAUUUUGUGCAGCUCUCUCUAGCAGCAUCUAGAGUACAGUUAGUGAGCUCAGAUUAAGUAAGGAGUCUUAUCGAUUAAACCAGCUUCAUUCACCUCACAGAAAACCUUUCUUUAAUGCAGAAUCGUGACCUGAGAGGGAGUAAAGAUGUUUAAAGUGCCUCGCAGCAUGAUGCAUGUUUCAUUUAUCCGAGUAAGUUUCAUUCACGCCAGGUCGAGUGCAGACGGUGACGGUAGAGCUAGCAUAGAUUCAGAUUCAGAUUCAGAAUACUUUAUUAGUCCCAGAAGGGCAAUUCAGUUUUACAGUCAACCCGUCCAUAGUACAAAAUAUACAGAAAAGGAAAUAGUAACAACACAUAAUAAUAAAAUAACCCAUUGUGAAAUCAACAACCACAACCAGUGACCGUACAGCAGAGCGGGAUGCGGAGUGAUUCUCGAGGGAAUAAAAGAAGUUGAGUUUGUUCUCCACACCGGCACAUAAUACCGCCGACCUGAGGGCUUGAUUGCAACUCCACUGCCAAGUAUGUGAUCCGCUUGGGUUAAAACUCUGUUUGCUUUCUGGACCACCCACAUCGUCCAAAGGGAGCAGCGGUUCCUGAAGCUGGAGUCAUCAGCACAAUCUGUUGAUGCCAUUCAGACACUUCUUGUCUUUCACAAACCAAACCAGCAAAAAUACGUCAAGAGACUCCCAAUAAAACUUUGAUGAAAGGUACAUCAAAUAUUUCUGUUGACACCUCCUGAGCGAACUGCAGUAAAACAAUAAAACAACUCUCUGCAUUUUAAACUGGGUUAUUAGACCGUGUGUAGCCCCUGUUUUAGAUUGAAGCAGUAUCAAAAGUGCAUCUUAUAUGUCAUAUUUCGGAGUGAAUCUGUCUGCAUCCACCUGUCAUCCGUUCAGGAUCAUUAAAGGUCAAACACAGGUAAACCAACCAUCUGUACUCACCUCAUUAUUCUCGUCACGUCUCUGCAGAUUUAACUGUGAAUAAAUGAAUAUGAACAACUCA